AUGGGCCGCCGACGUCCAGUCUCGAAAUUCAUUAUUAUCACCCUCGCCAGCUUAAUCACAUACCUGUCGAUCAGCAGUGUCCUUCGUGCUGUCAAACCGUCGUUGUUCGUCUGGUCCGAGGAAGACUUGGAAGAAGCAGAAUGGCUGGCCACAUCCAAGUCCUGGUGGGAUCGCAAGUUUUGUCGGUUUUUCGGUCUCUGCGGUAUCGCUCAUGUACGUCUGUCCCGCAAGGAUGGGCCUCCCAGUAGAACACUGGGCCAAAUGCCCAUUGAUUAUCAAGACGAUAGCUGGCGGAUGGAUUGGACUCUUGCAGAAGAUCUUUCUGCGAACUGGACCAACAGUGAAAGAGUCCUGCGUGAGGUUCCAGAGUACGUGUUUGAGUAUGCGCCUUUGGUGCAUUUGUUCUCAGGCGAGAGUUUCUGGCCCGGAGAUAUUGCGGAGCAUCUCGUAUACACUACUCCGACAUUGAACUACACCCCUGUUCAAGCAAAAUGGGACCAUCCAACUCUGCAGGAUUUGGAUCGACUUAAUAGAUGGGAGUUGGGUAAACAUGUUUAUCUCACCAGUGGCGACGAUGUUGAAACUCGGCCGGCCUGGUUGGGAGGGGAGAGGAAUAUCCCUGUGCCGCCCCAGCCGGGAACGCCAGAUCCUGAAGAACCUGUUGAUGACACACCUGGUAACAGCCCAGUUUCUAAUGAAGGCGACGAUCGAAAAAAAUGGUACGAUGCCGGGGGCUGGAAUGACGAUGUAGAUGCUCACUCGGUUGAGAUGGAAGAGUCAGAAAUACUUGAUUUUGAACAUACGGUUGAAGAGUUGCGCAAGAGAUACACUGGCAAGCCCAUCAAAACCACUGGCGUGGACCGAGGACGCAGCGACGCUCCUGCCUUUUUGGUCGUUGUUGACAAAGGCAAUGAUAUCGUGGAUGCUUUCUGGUUCUUCUUCUACAGCUACAAUCUCGGAAAUACAGUCUUUGAUGUGCGUUUUGGAAAUCACGUCGGUGACUGGGAGCACACCAUGGUGCGGUUCUACAAGGGCCAUCCCAAGGCCUUGUUUCUUAGCGCUCAUACCGCUGGCGAGGCUUACAGUUAUGAAGCUGUUGAGAAGCAGGGUAAACGGCCCGUUGUUUAUUCAGCUACUGGUACACAUGCCAUGUAUGCCACUCCUGGAAUUCAUGAAUAUGUUCUUCCGUGGGGUCUACUUCAUGAUCAGACUGACCGGGGUCCGCUGUGGGACCCGCUACUCAACUCGCAUUAUUUUACCUAUGAUUAUUUGAGUGAUGUUCUGCGAGCCUCUAAUCUCAACCCCUCAGCACCAACAGAAUGGUUUUUCUUCAACGGCCACUGGGGCGACAAAUUCUACCCACUAGGCGACAGACGCCAAUACCGCUUCGCCGGACAAUACCACUACGUCAACGGUCCCCUGGGUCCACGAUUCAAACAUCUCGGCCGACGCAAAGUCUGUCAAGGACGAUAUACCAGUUCCUGCGUGAUCCGCAAUUUUGUCGAAGAAGAAAAACGAUCCAAGCGCUGGGUUGGUGUGGGAGUGGGCGAAGAGCCGGAAGAUGAGGAGUUGAGUUCCAUCAUGGAGCGGAGGACGAAUUGGUUGAUGACAAACGGUAUUAAUCCAGAGGUAUGAUUGAUGGAUUUGGAGUUUGGUAGUUUGUCUAGACUUGGAUGUUCUCCGACUGAUGAUUUGAUGGAUGUUAUUUCGUUUCUAUACCCCAAUAUCGUUCUGAAUGGUGCAUGAUUCUUAUGAUUGAUUCUAGAAGAUUAUGAUAUCGUUGAAGAUUUAUAGAGAGCUGCAGUGAAUGAUUAUUUGCUUAAUAUUAUCGUCGGCAUUACCC